CAUUUCCUGGGCUUGGUGGCCUAAACGCGCAUUUAAAAGAUGGCGGACACGGAACAUAAAUCGGUCGCCGAUUGUGAUAGAACAAGCGAGCCGGUCCGUAAGAAAUCACGGAGUAGUGUUCUUCAGAACUGUGGUCCAGACGCUAUUAACGGAGGUCAAGUAACAAGUGGAGACCAGUUAGGUGGGAGUUGUGCGGUGGAGAUUUCGGUACGGCCCGAAGAUGCAGAACCGGAGAUGGGGGUGGCUCAGGCCACAGAGGGUGCACAAGAAAACAGCAAUGAGCCUGUGACCUCGGAGCUCACAAAAGAUUACGCUAAUGCAGAUAAGACUCUAAUGUCUGGACCUGAAAGUGAGGUGUUAGGGUUAAUGGACGAUGAUAUUCACCGCAAUGGAUUUUAUUCACCUGAGUUAGGUGAUGAUGAGGACUGCUCUUCUCAUGCCAGUUCUAGUGACUGGACUCCCCAGCCACGUAUUGGUUCUUACCGCUUUAUUCAGCAACAAAUAAUGAGAGAGACUGAUCCACGGACUAUUCUAAAUGACCUGCUUCCAGACACUGCCAUUCCACCAGAUCUUGAUGACAUGACACUAUGGCAGAUUGUCAUCAACAUCUCGGAGCCUCCAAAGAGAAAGAAACGCAAAGAUAUUAACACCAUAGAGGAUGUCAUCAGACUGCUUCAUGAUUCCAAAAAGAUACUUGUCCUGACUGGUGCUGGGGUUUCUGUUUCCUGUGGAAUACCUGAUUUUAGGUCUAGAGAUGGGAUUUAUGCUCGACUUGCUGUUGAUUUUCCAGACCUUCCAGAUCCUCAAGCAAUGUUUGAUAUUGAGUACUUCCGAAGGGAUCCAAGGCCAUUUUUUAAAUUUGCGAAGGAAAUCUACCCUGGACAAUUUCGGCCAUCACUUUGUCACAGAUUUAUUGCUAUGCUGGAUAAGAAAGAGAAGAUUCUCAGGAACUACACUCAGAACAUUGACACUCUGGAGCAGGUUGCGGGAGUCCAAAGGGUCAUGCAGUGUCAUGGUUCCUUUGCAACUGCAUCCUGCCUUGUGUGUAAACACAAAGUUGAUUGUGAUGCCAUAAGGGAAGAUAUAUUCAGACAGGUUGUUCCCCAUUGUCCAAAGUGCUCUAAUAUCCCUUUCGCUAUUAUGAAACCAGACAUCGUCUUCUUUGGUGAGAACCUUCCAGAAGCUUUUCAUAGGGCCAUGAAGCAGGACAAGGAUGAGGUGGAUCUCCUCAUUGUUAUUGGAUCCUCUUUGAAAGUGCGACCAGUGGCUCUUAUCCCAAGCGCUGUUCCCCAUGAAGUGCCUCAAGUUUUGAUCAACCGUGAGCCCCUGCUUCACUUGAACUUUGACGUAGAACUGCUAGGAGACUGUGAUGUCAUUGUCAACGAAUUAUGUCACCGACUGGGUGGUGACUUUGAGGAGCUUUGCUACAACUCUUCUCGACUAAGUGAGAUCACAGACUUGCCGCCUCCUCUGCCAACUACUCUACCUGAACAGGCAUGUGCUAAAGUCCAAACAUCUGAAGUUCAAAAUACAGGACACUUUUUCACAAAACAAGAUGAGACAGUUGCAGAAACAUCGGAGACAGUAACAGUUAUAGACUCUUGUCCAAGUGCACAGUUCCCAAAUGUUGGGGAUUUGAACACAUCUUGUACAUCCAAAGAAGCAAGACCCUCUUCAGAGCUAGAAAACAGAUCAAGCUCACCAAAACCUUCAACACAAGAAAAUGAUGGGUGUCCUAAUGCACAGCCAAGGCCCUCCCAAAAGAGCUCAGAUGCCUAUCGGAAUGCACCAUUGGAGGCUGUUAGAAAUAGUCCACAUAUACAACAAGAGAGAGAGGGGAUAAUGGAGAUGCUGGAUAUGCAAAUUGAAGAGAAGCAUAAAAAUCAAACAAAUGAUGUCGGCAAACGAUGCUGGCUUAAACAGAUCUGUCGAAAUCCAAUCAGUAAUCGCCUUGGAACUUCCCAAUACUUGUUUCAGGCUCCGAAUCGUUACAUUUUCCAUGGAGCUGAAGUGUACUCCUGCUCAGAAGAUGAGACAUCCAGUUCCUCUGACAAUGAGGGCUCCUGCUGCAGUGGCAGUGGUUUAGAGGAACAAGAAAGCGAUGCAGAGGAGGAAUGCACACCUGGCGACUGUCCAAGACCUGGGGAAGGUGGUGUUGGAGAGACAGGGGAUGAAAAUACAUACAUGUCAAACAUUCACACACACAGUAUAAUGGAGAAUCUCGACACAAUGACAGACCUCUAAAAUAUGGUCUCCCUGUUCUCUAUAAGUACUAUGUAUAGGUUUUGUGCUUACUUCUGUUUGAGACUGUAUAUUUUUGUACUCUCCUGCCGCCAGUCCCACCCUUGUACUGUUACAGCGUGCUCCAAGUCUCUUUGGACGGGGAAUUCACAGUAGUGUUUUUUAUUGUUUAUUCAGUUUUGAUUAGAGAUGAAAGGUUGAUGGAUUCAAAGUAUUGGUUACUUGUAUUAAGGUAUUUCAAUAUUUUAUAUGUGCUGCAUUAUUUUGGUUGUAUAGCUCUUGUGUCCAGUCCCCCAUUUGAUGAACAUAUGUUUGGAUAAAUUAAGUUAAUGUCAAUUUACUUAUGCUUAUUGCAUAUUUCUUGUACACUUCCAGUUUAACUAUGUACAAACAUGUAGGAGGAUUCUGAGGAAAAACAAAUCAGUUCAAAGCAAAAGUCAAGAAUUUGGAUUAUCUUUGUAAAAUAAAAAUAUGUGCAAUAAAACCUCUUAGUCCAAGAACAUCUUACAGGCACUUUCAACAAACAAAUUAAGAAGUACACUGCAAAACAUGCAUGUGGCUGAAACAGAAAGGCCUGAUAAGACUGAGUUGAGGCUAGAGGCUUUAGAUGACUGACUGACUGACUAUAAACUACAUUUUGAGGGCACUGCAUGUCAUGCCUGAGCUGCAUGCACAAACAUUUGUUUGGCUGGUUAAAAUAAUUUCAAUUAUUUUGACUUGAAAUUGAACUGUAUGUAAUUUUACUGUAGUUAUUAACCUGAAAAGAUAAUGUGACAACUUUGUAAUUACUAGGUUUUUUUUUUUUCUUUUUCUAAAUCAUAUAUUUUCUUCAUUUAUAUAAAAAUUUUUAAACCUAUAGGUUCCUGUUGGAAUGAUUCACUAUCAGUGCUUCAGUGGUCAACACAUCACCUAUGUUACAGAGGUUUCAAGACUUCUGUUAAAAAGAGUUCUUCAAUUGCCAUCUUGCCAACUAAAUGCUAUCUCUCUUAAUUUUGUCAUGCCAUAAAGUCAGGUCCAUAAGCAUUUGGACAGUGACACAAUUUUUGUAAUUUUGCAAAAACUGAAGGCAGAAAGGCCCACAAACAAGCAGAGCCUGAAGACAGCUGCAGGAAAGGCCUGGCAAAGCAUCUCAAGGGAGGCAACUCAGCAUUUGGUGAUGUCCAUAGGUGCCAGAUUUCAGGCAGUCAUUGACUGCAAAGGAUUUGCAUCCUAGUAUUAAAAAUAAUCUUAAUAUUUAUGAUUGUUAGUUUGUCCAAUUAUUUUUGAGCCUGUGAAAAUGGAGGGACUAUGUAAAAAAAUGGCUGUAAUUCCUAAACAAUUAAUGCAAUUAUUUUUUUGUUAAACCCCUUGAAUUAAAGCUGAAAGUCUACACUUCAA